UUGGAAACCACGGGAAGGUCAUAGUGCUUCUUCCUCUACAAAGAUGUCAGCGGCCUUGUGUCAGUGUUACCGGCUGCGCAUGUCCAGCAGACAUAUAAUCCUGUUGGCAAAACAUCCUUUGUCUACAGUGAAUAAUGGCAGCGUUUAUCGGAUAUGUCGCCCUGCUCUGGAAUCCCAACAGUUACGGUACUAUGCAUCAGAAGGAAGAAGAGGAUUUCUCUCAGGACUUCUUGACAAUAUUAAACAAGAGCUCUCGAAAAACAAGGAAAUGAAAGAAAAUAUUAAGAAAUUCCGUGAGGAGGCCAAGAAAUUGGAAGAAUCCGAUGCCCUUCAACAAGCUCGUAGGAAAUUUAAAACAAUUGAAUCAGAAACAAUGAAGACGUCUGAGGUGUUCAAAAAGAAAUUUGAGGAGCUGUCAGACACUGUUAAAGAGAGCUUGGAUGAAGUCAGCAAGAGUGACCUUGGACGUAAAAUCCGGGAGGGGGUAGAAGAAGCAGCAAAAAGCGCCAAACACUCGGCUGAAUCGGUGACCAAAGGAGGAGAAAAACUUGGCAAGUCAGCUGCCUUUAAAGCAAUCUCUCAGGGAGUGGAGACUGUCAAGAAGGAAAUCGAUGAAAGUGUUCUUGGAGAGACUGGUCCUUAUCGAGCCCCUUCUAAGUUAAGAAAGAGGAGUGAAUUCUCUGGUGACAGAACCAAAGAAGACAAGAUAUUUGAAGCCAAUGAAGAAGCUAUGGGUGUGGUGCUCCAUAAGGAUUCAAAGUGGUUCCAACAAUGGAAAGAUUUCAAGGACAACAAUGUAGUAUUUAAUAGAUUCUUUGAGAUGAAAAUGAAGUACGAUGAGAGUGAUAACGCUUUUAUUAGAGCAUCACGUACCAUUACCGACAAAGUCAGCGACCUCAUAGGUGGUCUGUUUUCUAAAACCGAAAUGUCUGAGGUCCUCACAGAGAUUCUGAAAGCCGACCCAAGCUUCGACAAGGAUACGUUUUUAAAACUGUGUGAGAGAGAUAUUAUUCCCAACAUCCUGGAGGCCAUGAUAAGAGGUGACCUUGAUGUCCUGAAAGACUGGUGUUAUGAAGCGACGUAUAGUCAGAUGGCGCACCCCAUCCAGCAGGCCAAAGCUAUGGGUCUCCAAUUCCGCUCUAGGAUUCUGGAUAUUGACAAUCUCGAUCUUGCAAUGGGAAAGAUGAUGGAGCAAGGACCAGUGCUUAUUAUAACUUUCCAAGCUCAACUUGUUAUGGUAGUCACAAAUCAGAAGGGCGAAGUGGUAGAAGGAGAUCCUGACAAGGUAUUACGGAUGCUGUACGUAUGGGCACUCUGCAGAGACCAAGAUGAACUUAACCCUUAUGCAGCUUGGAGACUCUUAGAUAUAUCCUCAUCUGGCUCUGAGCAAAUCCUUUGAGAACGAGAACCUCCGCGGGCCAGCUGCUGUGCCUCCUCCCACUGAUGUAAAUUCAGGGAGCCUGAAGGGAUGCUGAAAUUCAUAUUUAUCCCUUGUACUGCUGGCCUCUCAGAGACAUUAAAACUUUCUCUUUCCAUGGGAGAGUACCAUAUAUUGCCAUAUUGGUUAGAACUUUGUCAAUGAGGAGAAAAUAAACCUGUUUCAUAUUGUUUAGUUACUCAAAAAUAAUUGGCUGUAAGUCAUAAGAGUAUAAAUUCAAUGAUGGUUUUUUAAACGUGCCUCCAAGGGCAAGUCAGCUAGUACCCAGUGACAUGUUUGAGGAUUCUACUAGAACAAAGCUAUAUUGAAGAUGCAGACCUAUUUCAAGAGAUGUAAUUUAGACAACACAUUCAAGGUCUUGUUUUUAAAAACACUGAGCUUAUGCUUUGUUCUUCUCAUUUAUGUAUGAUAUCACACAAAUUCCUGAAUUUGCAAGCACAAAAAAAUAAUUAUUCAUAUCAACCAUAGCCAUAAUUAAUUUUAAGUUAGAUUGUACAUUUUUGAGAUUAUUUUUCUUUUAUAUGUUAGUCAAGUUUUGUUACCAGUCCAAUAAGAUAUUAUAAUUAUGUCACUUUAACACACUGGAAAACCUUGGCGUAAGCUGUGACGUUGGAGAAGACAAAAGAAAGCUUUCUUUUUAUCCAGAAAAAAACUUGGCCUUAAAGAUCGCUGAUCUGGGAAAGUCCGUGAUUAAAAAACAAAAAAAAAAGAGAAAUUUACACAGGGUUUGUAAAAAGAUUUUCUUUCUAAACCAGAAAAUAGGG